AUGGAUCGAUCUUCUGGUAAAAGAGGAGCAGGAGGGAGUCUGACUCCCAGAAAGAAUUACAGUCUAACUGCUUUUAAAGGAGUUGCUCGAGGGGAUGAUGAUGCUCAAUUUUGCAACCGGAUUGGAUGCAGUGGAAGAGUUAAGUUUGGUCAGAAUGCUAGAGUCAGAAUCUCAGAUACAAGCAAAUAUUCUAAAUCUUCGUUUCACUCUUCAAGUGGAACUGGGAAAACCCCAAGAAGUAAUUCCACCAUGACCAAUGCAAAGAGGUCAUGCCUCGAUUCAAAGAGAAAAGGAUCUUCUCAGGUGACAUCUGAUCCAUUGGAGACUAGUCUAUCUACUGAGUCCAAAGCUCAAAGGAUAGUGCCUACACAAAGUAAUCUAAGUGGAUAUAAGUCAGUAUCAGUGACUAAGUCUAAAGAGGUUAAUAUGACUGAAGCCGGUAGUUCUAGUGCAUCAACUAGUGUUGCUCCUCAAAAAACAUUUCGUUGCAAAUCUGGAUCAAAUAACCAAAGAUCAACGGGAACAGGUAUGGUUUGCAGAAUCAGAGAUGCAUGCAAUUCUAUAUCAGAUGCCAUACCGCCUAGUUGUUCGCAACCAGAACCAGCAUCUGUAAGGAAGAACUUUAUCAAAAAGAGAAGUUCGGAAGGAGAAACCAGUUCAUCUUGUAGGGGGAGAAAGAAUGCGGCUUCUGCAAACGAAGACAAGCAUACCUCCACGACAACAAGUGGCAUUUCCAUCUCUGAUUUAGCACAUAGUACUUCUGCUUAUGUAGAGGAUAGCAGUGUCUCUAGUUCUUCUUGGAACCGGAGAUCAACGAAUGUAAAUGCUAGAAUGAGGUUUUCCAGUCAACUGGAUGCUAGAAAUGGUUUGUCUGUUAGGGAACCCCCUGUGAGUUUCUCUGAAAUUGAUUAUGAGACACCUUUUGAUGUUGGUGAUCGGAGUGGCUCAAGACCUCACCGUGACAAUUUAUGUUCAAGAACAUCUUUUGCCUCUGAUGAAUCUGGAUUAACCCAGUUAAUGAAUCAUGAUGUGUUACACCAGUUUAACAUGGAUGGAAUUGCUGAGGUAUUAAUGGCUCUUGAGAGAAUCCAACAAGAUGAAGACUUGACACAUGAGCAAAUACUUGCACUGGAGAUCAGAUUGUUCCUCCACGGCCUCAACCUCUAUGAUCAACACAGAUACAUGAGACUGGAUAUUGAUAACAUGUCAUAUGAGGAACUGUUAGCUCUAGAAGAAAGGAUGGGCACAGUUAGCACUGCUCUCUUAGAAGAGGCAUUGUCAAAGUGCGUGACGAGAAGCGUAUAUGAGACAACCACGUCAAAUAUAGAAACCACAGAAUCAGGUUGCUGGUGUACCAGGAGUGACUGAAACACUCUUCCAAGCUAGACAAUCUGCGCUCGCUGAUGAGAAAAAGAAGCUAAAUGACUCUGAUGCUCUACAGUUGAUGCCUUUGUGGAAAGGGGUAUAGAAGUUUGAAAGCCCAUGAACAACACCUGAAGUCUAAAAGUCAUUUGAUAAGGGCUUCUGAAGCAACAGGUGGAAAAGAUGAAGGGAGUACAAUCAUCAAACCUCUUACACGCCGUACUCCAAAGGAACCUCUGCAACCUCUGCAUCAUGUGAUGGAGGAAGAUGAAGAGAGUGAGGAGAGUGACUGGGAAGAGGUGGAUCCUGAUGAAGAUUUACUUGGUACAAGACCAUGGGCCUAGCAACUGUGCAGUCACGAGAGCAUGUAGUCCGGCUGAAAGUAUUGAAGGCGAUGAACUCGCCUGGUGUUGAGGCCAUGCGCUCUAAAAUGGGUAUGAAGAGUAAUGUCAUUCACAACCUCCCCAAGAACUGCACCUAUUAGUCCAACAACUAUGCUUGCAAUCGUUACACACUGUUUCGUACGGCAAGAUUUUCCCCCAUGCUCGCCUUUAUGAAAGGAACUGGAUAAAAGUUGAAAUGUUUACAAACAAUUUAGAUUCUUUGUUUGCAGUAAUUUUUUUGCUGUAUUGGAUACCAAAAUUUUGUAUGUUUCGUUUACUGAGGUAUACGCCUCGAUUAUUCUAUUUUUCUGUUUGAACUGUGAACUGAAUCUCAAUUCAUGUCAAUGACUUGGUGAAAUGUUAAGUUUUUCAUAGCAAUUUCAACUUAUAGUAGUCA